AAUUUUUGUUUCCUUGGGGUUUUCAGCGAGUUCUCUGAUCUGUUGAAGAAAAUGGCAACAGGAGGAAGAGGAGGCCGAGCUGUUACGGGCACAAAUAGCAGAGAAGGAACAGCAAAAUCAACAGUGACUGAACAGAUUUCACAGGCCGUACAAUCCACCUCUAAUCUCAUCCAUCUCAUGCAACAGUCGUCUCCUUCUCGGACACAAUUGUUGAAGCUUCCCAAAAAUCUUUUGGCCAAAACUCCUACAAUAAAAAAUACAGGGCAGAUGUUAGAGCUGAUGCCUAGGGCUAUUUCAUCACUUGAUGCCCAUAUUGACAAUGGAUUACAAAGUGUUCCACAUCUGAAAACGGUAAUUCAGUUACUUGAAAAUAUGGAAAGCUGCCAGCUGAGUUCUCUGUCUCAAGCACAAGGGGAAUCUCAGCAGGCAAAUCAACAGCCCGAGGUUGGUUCACCACCCUAAGUUCAUUGGCAUACUAUUUUCUCGGCCAUUAGUUUCUUUAAUCAUCGUCAAACCUUGUUGUUCAUAGCUGAGAAAGAUUCUAUCUGUAACUUCUCUCAACCAAGUUAGAGCAGUGUACAAUUAUUCUGGAGAACAUGUUCUUUGUACAUCAAAUGUCAUAAUAUUUCUCAUUUUGCUGUCUGUAUACAUUGAAUAUGAUAGAAAAUAGUUCCUGUAUCUGUUCUGGUUUUU